AUGUGCAUCUAUUUUUAGCAACUCUUUGCCAUUGUUGUGGCCUUAAUAGUAUUUCUUGUAUGGCUAGUAUUUAUCCGUGUGCGUCAUCAGCCCUCGGGGCCAUUUGGUUUGCCACUGCUGGGCUAUUUGCCAUUCAUAGAUGUUAAAGCACCGCACAAGACACUGCAACGGUUAGCUGUGAAAUAUGGACCCAUCUAUAAACUGCAAAUGGGCAGUGUCAAUGCCGUAGUUUUGUCAGAUGCUGCCUUGGUAAGGGAAUUCCUAAAGCGUGAAGAAUUCACGGCACGAGCACCGCUAUAUGUAACGCAUGGCAUUAUGGGUGGUUAUGGUUUAAUUUGUUCCGAAGGUCCUCUAUGGAGAGAUCAACGACGUCAUACAAUUGAUUGGCUCAAAGCAUUGGGUAUGACGAAACAAUUUGCCGAACUGCGUAGUGGCUUGGAACAGCGCAUCCUCAAAGGAGUUCAGGAAUGUGUACAGUGUCUUCAAAGCGAUUCUAAGAAUUUAUCAAUGGCCGUGAAUCCACUGCCAGCACUUCAGCACACAUUGGGCAACAUAAUGAACGACUUGGUGUUUGGCAUCACAUAUGCACGCGAUGAUGUCACUUGGCGUUAUUUGCAGGAGUUGCAGGAAACGGGCGUUAAACUAAUCGGUGUUUCGGGGGUAGUCAAUUUUCUGCCAUUCUUAAGAUUUUUACCUUCCAAUCGUCGUAACAUUAAAUUUUUACUCGAUGGCAAAACAAGAACCCAUCAAAUCUACGAUGAUAUUGUACGAAAAUGUGAAGAGAAACUGCAAAAGAGAAAAUUCAAUCCCACCAAAGAAUCUUUGAAGAAUACCUGUAUUUUGGAAUUCUUCUUGGAACAGCGAGAAGAAUUGAAAAAUCAUGUUGAUCUCUAUCAUCGUUCGAAAUAUGAUGAAUAUUUUUGUGCUCCCCAACUGCGCCACCUGUUGGCCGAUUUAUUUGGUGCUGGUGUUGAUACAACAUUGUCAACACUGAGAUGGUUUAUUCUGUAUAUGGCUAAGGAGCAAGAAAUUCAAAGGGCGUUGAGAGAGCAUUUACAAAAACUACCCAAAGACAAUGUAACACUAAGCGAUUUGGAAGAAAUCGCCUAUUUGCGUGCUUGUAUAUCCGAAGUGCAACGUAUACGAUCGGUGGUCCCUCUAGGCAUACCACAUGGUACCAAAUGGAAUGUCCAUGUCAAUGGUUAUGGUAUACCAAAAGAUUCGAUGGUUUUACCCCUGCAAUGGGCAAUACAUAUGGAUCCGAAAGUAUGGCCUGAACCUGAAAAAUUCAAUCCACAACGAUUCCUCAACGAAGAUGGCAGCUAUCAAACAUCUCCAAAUUUCAUACCAUUUCAGACAGGCAAACGUAUGUGUCUGGGUGAAGAUUUGGCACGAAUGUUGUUGUUGCUAUACACCGGUCUUCUUAUGAGAAAUUUCGAAUUCCAUUUAUGCCAGGAAGAUGAACCAAAUGUUGAUCAAAUUUUUGAAGGUGAAUGUGGUAUUACAUUGACACCGAAAUCAUAUCGUGUUGUAUUAAAAGAAAUUCAAUAA